UAAAACCCACAACUGUGGGAAUAUCUCGCGCUCAUUGUCGCCAUUUAAUCGAGACACUGCGACUCGUUAAGCAGCGAUUUACAGCAGUUCAGUUGAUUCGUUAGAAAUACAGUGACUCCUCGCUCACUUCUGGUGGCUUUUUAUUUGUUUGAGUUGCCACUUGUUCACUUAUCAGUGUCACAUAGGAUCAAGUGUUGACACGCUAUUUGUCAAAAAUGGAGACAAGCAGUUUACUUACAGAUAAAUCCUACAUCGGCCUUGAAGACGCGGGUGAUGAGAUGACGAAUAGUCCGGAGCUCGUGGUGCGACGACCGGUUUAUCAGCAGGAGGAUCUCGAUCGUGUUUGUAAUUACACGCCACCGCGAAACAAAUUGAAAGAGAGAUGGAGAAAAAAAUACAGAGACUUUAAUUUCAAACGAAACCUCAAGAAAACGGUUCCAAUAUGCGAUUGGUUGUCCACAUAUGACUGGAGGGAAAAUAUUCUUGGAGAUGUUGCCGCUGGUUUCACGGUGGCUGUCAUGCACAUACCUCAAGGUAUGGCGUACGCGAUGCUCGGAAAUGUACCACCUAUCGUUGGAAUAUACAUGGCAUUUUUUCCCAUUCUCGUUUACAUGGUUUUUGGAACAUCCAGACAUAAUUCCAUGGGUACAUUCGCUGUUAUUUGCAUGAUGACCGGAAAAGUUGUACUAGCCCACAGUAACGGGGGAGAUAUUCAGGCAAAUGUAACAUCCCAAGCGAAUCUCGAAUUAUCCGAUAGUCAUCACUACUCACCCGUACAAGUUGCAACGGUCGUGACAUUUGGAGUUGCAAUAUUACAGUUGGCAAUGUACGUGCUGCGUCUAGGUGUGAUAUCUUCACUUCUGUCAGAGACCCUGGUCAGCGGUUUCACCACUGCAGCAGCGGUUCACGUAUUCACAUCGCAAAUCAAGGAUCUCCUGGGUAUACAACUCCCCAGGCGUCGUGGUAUACUCAAAGUGGUUUACACUUAUUACGACGUCUUCAAUGCCAUUGACGAUGUUAAUAUCGCGGCUAUGGUUAUUGCCGCCAUAACUAUCAUAGCUGUCAUAUUUAAUAAUGAGGUUGUCAAGCCGAGAGUCUCGAGGCACUGCUCUUUUCCCAUUCCGAUAGAAAUGCUCGCUGUGGUAAUUGGAACUCUAGUUUCUGUCCAAAUGAACCUCCACGAUGUUUAUAGUGUGUCCAUAGUGGGCGACAUUCCAGUCGGGCUUCCUAUCCCGCAACUACCCCCCCUGGAUCUCCUCCCCGACGUCAUAGUAGAUUGUUUCGUGAUAACAAUGGUAUCCUACAGUAUUUCCAUGUCAAUGGCCCUGAUAUUCGCCCAGAAGAUGAAUUACGAGGUGGACGCCAAUCAGGAACUGAUGGCACAGGGUCUCGGCAACUUGGCUGGCUCAUUCUUUUCGUGCAUGCCCUUCACAGCGUCAUUAUCAAGAUCCCUUGUGCAACAUGCCGUCGGUGGAAAGACACAAUUAGCAAGUCUCAUUUCGUGUUUUCUUCUCCUCUUUGUUCUACUCUGGAUAGGGCCAUUUUUAGAACCACUGCCAAAGGGAGUUCUAGCCGGAAUAAUUGUAGUGGCACUCAAGGGCAUGUUCCUUCAAGUGAAAGAUCUCUUCAAAUUUUGGAGGCUCUCAUCGACUGAUGGCCUAGUAUGGAUCCUCACAUUUCUCGCUGUUAUCAUUCUCGAUAUUGAGUAUGGACUUUUGAUAGGGGCUCUUCUGUGUUUUGCCAAGCUCAUUGCACUCUCUAUGAAACCGUACACUUGUAAAUUAGCUCUUGUACCCGGAACUGAAAUCUACUUAGAUACACAUCGAUACGAAAAGACUGUUGAACUGCCUGGAAUUGUCAUGUUCCAUUACUGUGGGGGAUUGAAUUUCGCCUCCAAGUUUCAUUUUCGUAAAGAGGUAUUCAAAGCCACUGGAGUGAAUCCUCAGUUGGAACUGAAUCGCAUCUUGAAAAUGGAGAGCAAAGAAGAUGCAUCAGAAAAUUUAAAGAAUCUCAACGUCAUUAUCCUAGACUUCUCAGCGCUCGUUCACAUAGACCCAGCCGGUGUGUCCGCACUCAGAAGUCUCAUCGACGAUUACAUGAAAAUCGACGUAUCAGUUUACCUAUCAGGCUGUUCCGGUCCCGUUUUCGAGACGAUGAGAAAGUGCAGUGCGGCCGAACGAACAACAGAAGCAUUCAUGAUGUUUCCAACUGUGAGUGAUGCGGUCAACUAUGCUAGACACGAGAGUGUCAUUCCAACAAUCGCAAUUCAAUCCUCGCCACAUUGGACAACCACAUGCCCGAUGCAAAAUAGUCAAGAGGAAAACUGCAUGAGUCGACUGUAAUUCCCAGUGAAUAAUUUUAUCAUUUCUCUCGUUGCACCUUAUAUUUCACUUCAUUUUAAAGUUAAAACAAUGAAUUUAUUUAUUUCUCACUGCAAAAACCUCUUGUAAAUAUUCUGCGAGUGUCAUUCAUGUCAUUAAAAGUAUUUGUGCUCGAAAAUGUUGCUCUCCUUUUUUUAUUCAAAGA